CUCGAUAACGGCGGCAAUCGCUCAGUGAUGUUUUAUGAUAGCGAUGAAUUUGGAUGUGCUCAAGACAACAAUAGUAUCAUAACCUCAGCCUCAGUAUUACCUAUGAACGAUAUCUAUGCUGGAUCAUCAUUAUCCACUCUGUCAUCGUCAUCGAAUGCCGACGGCUAUCAUUCGGUGGCAUUCGAGAGUGCUCACGACGACGUUAAUGACGAUUCCAGCGAUCAGGCAUAUUGCACGUCAUCUGGUGCAAUGUUUCUGGACACAGCCGAAACGGGUGAUUGUACAAAUGAACUCAUGCAAACAGCAGCUGAUAACCGUCAGUUUUUCCACGCAGAUGGCGAUGAGUUUUAUGGCGGCGACGAACUUGUUGUGAGCGACGUUAACGGUGAACGUGGCUUUUGCUCACAGCAAUCAGAUGGUAAUGACUUGGGAGGUAGUGAAAGUUUUAGUAGGGAUAGUUUAGUAGAGAAACUUGCGGUGGAUGGUGGGCUGGAUGAACGGAUUAGUUUCACUGAACAUGAUGAAGCACCACCAAAACAACGCCGACGACGACAUUUCAUUGUUACGAAGAGAGCAUUUCGACAUGGCNUGAUGAAGCACCACCAAAACAACGCCGACGACGACAUUUCAUUGUUACGAAGAGAGCAUUUCGACAUGGCACAACAUUCAGCGGGUUACGACAGAAAGGUAAAUGGCGUUGUGGUUUCCAUGGACGCAGAAGAAGAGGAGUUGGAAAGGGCUGCAGAUCGUUUGAGUGAAGCAUUCAGAUCGGUGCCAUCGAGAAGUAGGCUGCCGAAAUACCUGAACCGUCCACAAGAACAUCAGGCAUAUGCGGCGUUUCAUAAUCACGGCUCACCAUUCGCUGUAAAAUCGCUCUCUCAACCUAGAGUUCUCGUGCCAGCCAAAACGAUUUGUAUCUGA